AUGACAAUUCCACCUGAAGACUUAACACCUGGGACACAAAGCACAGUGAUUUACCAGGGAUUCCAGCUCUGCCAUGUGCUACCUGUGUGGCCUUGGGAGAAUUCCUCACUUUUCCUGAGCCUCAUUGUUGUCAUUUACGCCCACACGCGGGAGCGAAAUCCAAGGGGCGGACACCAGAGCCGAGCACUUUGCGCUGAGGAAAUUUACCCGGUGAAGUGUCGAAAAGCCCCAGCCCCUCCAGACAGGGUCCUCCCACCCCGGCGUGGGCCAUCCCGGCCCAGCCCUCCCGAGGCCCCGGGUACUCGCCUCGCGCGCCGGUCGCGGAGUUCGAAAAGCGAGUGGGGCCGGCGUGUCGCGGCCGCCGCACCUGGAGGCGGGGAGCGCGGGCCGCGGACCCGCGCUCAGCUCCGGAAACGCCGAACCGGCGCCCGCGCCUUGCUCAGGUGCUCCCGCGCCUCUCCUCGGCCGCCGCUUCCUCUCUGCCCGCGGGGGCGGGGAGCAGGCGACCCGCGCGGGGGAAGCCGGAGCUCAACGGCGGGGGCGGCCCAGCCGGCCGCCCUGGUUCCACAGCAUAGUUGGGUGACUGAUUCAGACCGCCGCGACUUGGCCGCGCCUGGCACCCUCGCCACCUGGCGCACCUCGGCCCGGAGGCGUCAGACCCCGCUGGGGAAGCUGCGGGGGCGCGCCCUGGAGCCCAGAGCGACAAGGGCAUUACCCACCUUCCCGGGACGGAGAUGCCCAGGACCUUGUGUUGGCUCCUCCUGGCCAGUGGGAAUUCAUCUUAAAAUGAAUUACUGUUGGCCAGGUGGCAGUCACAACAUAAUUGUCACUGCCUACACACUCCUGAACUUGAUCAUAAGUGUUUUAUAUUGUCAUCACUUCAUUUGAGUUACUUGCAUUGAUAGUACUGCA